UAAACGGGGAUGGAGGAAGGCCGACCGUCGACCGUCGGAGUUGCAGGCUGCCCGCUUUCUGCGCGGCCCGAGGCCCCGUUUUCCGGCACGCGAAGCCCGGGGUUCAGAUUCCCCGGCCUCUCGGAAUCGCGCCUGUCACCCCGCGAGGCGCAGUCCCUCGUGGGCUGCGGUCGAGGCUGGCCCGGGCCCCGCCCCUCGGGGCGGCUCUGCGCAUGCUCGGCAGUGCGGGCGGCAGAGCGGGCGGCGGCGACCUGGAGACCCCCGAGGGAUGGAAGCGCCGGCGCCGGCGGAGGCGGCGGGAUGCGAGGAGCUCGAUAUGGACGUGAUGAGGCCCUUAAUAAACGAGCAGAAUUUCGAUGGGACGUCGGACGAGGAGCAGGAACAGACGCUCCUGCCUGUGCAGAAGCACUACCAGCUGGAUGGGCAGCAUGGGAUUUCAUUCAUGCAGACUCUGAUGCAUCUGCUUAAGGGGAACAUCGGGACUGGCCUUUUGGGGCUCCCCUUGGCAAUCAAGAAUGCUGGCAUUGUGCUUGGCCCAAUCAGCCUUGUGUUUAUAGGGAUUAUUUCCGUCCACUGUAUGCACAUAUUGGUACGUUGCAGUCACUUUCUAUGUCAGAGGUUUAAGAAGUCAGCGUUGGGGUACAGUGACACUGUGAGUUCCGCCAUGGAGGCCAGCCCGUGGAGUUUCCUUCAGAGGCAGGCAGCAUGGGGCCGGAGCGUGGUUGACUUCUUUCUGGUGAUAACACAGCUGGGAUUCUGCAGUGUCUAUAUCGUCUUCUUAGCUGAAAACGUGAAACAGGUUCAUGAAGGACUCCUGGGGAGCACAGCGUUGGUUUCCAACAGCACAGAUCCAUCUCAGGCAUGUGAGAGAAGAAGUGUGGACCUCAGGGUCUAUAUGCUCUGCUUUCUCCCGUUUAUAAUUCUCUUGGUCUUCAUUCGUGAGCUGAAGAAUCUCUUCAUACUUUCGUUCCUUGCCAACGUUUCCAUGGCUGCCAGUCUUGUGAUAAUUUACCAGUAUGUUGUUAGAAACAUGCCAGAUCCCCACAACCUUCCAGUUGUGGCCGGUUGGAAGAAAUACCCACUGUUUUUUGGUACUGCUGUGUUUGCUUUUGAAGGCAUAGGAGUGGUGCUUCCACUGGAAAACCAGAUGAAGGAGUCUAAACGCUUUCCUCAGGCGUUGAACAUCGGCAUGGCAAUUGUCACAGUCCUGUACGUCAGCCUAGCCACUCUAGGCUACAUGUGCUUCCGUGAUGAAAUCAAAGGCAGCAUUACACUGAAUCUUCCCCAGGACAUGUGGUUGUAUCAGUCAGUGAAAAUUCUGUAUUCCUUUGGCAUUUUCGUGACCUAUUCAAUUCAGUUCUAUGUUCCAGCAGAGAUCAUUAUCCCUGGAGUCACUGCCAGACUUCAUGCCAAAUGGAAGCGCAUCUGUGAAUUUGGGAUACGGUCCUUCUUGGUUAGUAUCACUUGUGCUGGGGCAGUUCUCAUUCCUCGCCUAGACAUCGUGAUCUCCUUUGUUGGGGCUGUAAGCAGCAGUACGCUGGCCCUGAUCCUGCCCCCCAUCGUGGAAAUCCUUACAUUUUCUAAGGAACACUACAACAUAUGGAUGAUCCUGAAAAACAUUUCCAUAGCAUUCACUGGAGUCGUUGGCUUCUUGUUGGGCACGUAUGUCACUGUUGAAGAAAUUAUUUAUCCAACUACAGUAGCUGGUACCCCACAGAGUCUCGCUCUGAAUGUGAACUCUACAUGCUUAGCACCUGGUUUGAAAUAGUGGAAGAUCUGUGAGCCUUUUGUUAUCAUCCCAAUUCUAACAGCAAUUAAGAACCAGUCCAGUGUAUUGCCAUACACCUAAACAUAGUGUCAAACUCUUGUUUUUGUUGGCACAGUAUUGUAAUUGGAUUGUGAACUGGUUAUCUUUUGCAGCUGUGGUAAACUAUGGCAGAUUUUUGCUUUUAUCUAAUGACAAUGAAAAAUUUUAAAUUAGCUUUGAGAAUUGAAAAAACUAAAAUCAAAACUCAAACAAUAAGCAUACCCUGUUAGUCUUUGUUUCUGUAAGAAACACUUUGAAUAAGAAUUAUGUUUCUUACCACUAUUGAGAAGAUAAAGGAAUUCAACAUUGUGGAAAUUGAAUAGGGUCAUAGUUAAGAAAAUCUUUCUGGAACAUCCCACAAUAGCAAGUAAGCCUCCUGUUUGAAAAUGUAUCGAUUGUACUUUUAUUCCAUGGGUAAUGCUUCUGAUAGCCCCUGGGGAGGAUAGACGAUUCCCAUUGACCAUCAUGUAAACAUUAGGAAGUUUCCAGAGCCAGAGUCUCUUCACAGGUAGUCUCUACAGACCAUAGGGCUGCAUAGUCACCGGGAAGCACUGAACAGGGGUCUCACCUCCUGUUUCCAUCGUAGGUGAAAAGGCCAUUGAAGUUUCUGGAAUACUGCUCCCUUAGUUACUGUCUUAGGUUCCUAUUGCUGUGAUAUAGCACCAUGACCAAAGCAAUUUACGGAGCAAGAGGUUAUUUCAGUUUACAGUUCCACAUCACAGUCCAUCAUCAAAGGAAGGCAGGGCAGGAACCUGGGGCAGGAGCUGAUGCAGAGGCCAGGGAGGACACUGCUUACUGGCUUGCUCCUCAUGGCUUGUUCAGCCUGCUUUAUUAUAGCACCCAGGACCACCAGCCCAGAGGUGGCCCCACCUACAAAGGGCUGAAACGUCCCAAAUCAAUCAUCGAUCUGGAAAAUACUCCCACAGACUUGCCUACAGGUUAGUCUUACAGAGACAUUUUCUCAAUUGAGAGUCUCACUUCCAAAAUGACUCUAGAGUGUGUCAAGCAGACAUAAACUGGACAGGACAGUUACCAGUGUAGGUAUCUGAGUCCCAAAAUGUCAGGUGACUUCAUCAAGAGCACUUAUUGAGUCAAGAAAACCUGAUAGUUGACUCCAUGCAGAGUUUUUUUUUUAAUUAUUAUUUUUCAUGUUAUAGUCCAGGAGAAUGAAAAGCCACAUCCAGCUUAAUUUUAAUGUAGAGUUUAAUUAUAUUUUCAUCUUUUGAGAGUGUGUGCCUGCUCUUUGAAUAUAGGUGGCAUAAAAAUCCAAGAAUCCUGCCUGGUGGCUUUAUAGACCUCACACUGGAAGAGAAGCUAACGUUUCCUUAAACAGCAGGGGACUGGCUAGCUGUGGGGUGUGCUGGUCACAGGAGGUAGGGUCACCUUAAACAGCAGGGGACUGGCUAGCUGUGGGGUGUGCUGGUCACAGGAGGUAGGGUCACCUUAAAUAGCAGGGGACGGAUGGCUAACUGCGAGUAUUCUGGUCACUUGCCUCCUGGGCCUUCAGACAUCAGAGAUAGAUGACAAAAUAUAAUUUUGCAUCUUCCUAGCCUCAUCGCAUUCUUACUGCAAUAGUAAAGGAAUGCUAAAAUGCAUGCUUAGGAAAAUUUGAAACAAUCAAAAACUGCCUGGUAAAUACUGAGACACUUCAGGCAUCAUCCUGAGAAGUGCGUCCUUUGUUCCGUCUCCAAACACACUAGCUAGGCAAACAAGCUCAUUUGAUGAUGAAGAUGAGAAUUACGGGGUUUAAAGGAAUGUGUGCCAGGUCAUCUCCUGACUUCUCAACCCGUGGCUCUCCAGUGUGCCGGUCUGUAAGAUAUCACCAAGCCAUCUGUGCAAUUCUCUAUUUUUCUAUGUAAAUGUUAACUUAUUUGCUUAUGUCAUUACUUUGUCUUCAUGUGAGCCUAUAAAUAUUUCAGAAGCUUUAUUUUGGUAUGAAUUCAUAAGAACCAAAAUUUUAAAAACAUUUGUGUUAGAUAUUUCUAAUGAUUGUUUAUGACAUUUAAUGUUAAGUUGUUACUUCAAGUCUUUAGUCUUGUGCAGAGAAAGUGGACAAGGUUGUGAGGAGAGGAAUUUCAUAGGAAUGUGACUGAGAAGUCGAUCUUUAAAAAUGUGCAGUGGCAUACAGCGAGUCAAAACUCACUGACUAGGAGCUACAUGUGAGGCUCAUGCUAGCUGUCUUCAUUGUUAUGUUCUAUUCUGCAUGCUCAAUUGUAUUUUUGUAUCUUCGCCUGUUACUUGUGGAGUUCACCAAGUGCAGUGGGUUUUUAAAUACUGGGUCACUGCAGUACUUUUUAAGUUCUGCACAAACACUGUGAACAUCUCAUCAGCCAGGAUUUCCCACACAGUAAGAGUGCUGAAUCAACAUCCCGUGUGGAAGUCCCCAAAUGAUCAACACAGGAGCAGUCACCAGACAGAAAGGAACGUAGACUAAGAGGAGAGGAAAUGGUGUGAAACACGAUUUAGAUGCAAAGUGUAAAAGGCAUGCACUCUUGUUUAAGGGCACCCGAAGAUAUAUUUAUCUUUUGAUCAUUUUUUUAUAGUAGUUAGUUUUACAGAAUUACAUUUUCUAAAGAUUUUUGGAGACGAUAUUUUGAUUUUAGCAGCUGUUCCCUUUGUCUGGGGACCUGGAGAAAGGAGAAGCGGCCACACAUGUUGAAUUCAUGUUUGCUCUCUUGAUCCAUCACAUGGUGGCUGAAAUGACCCCCGCAGUUUACUUCUCAGCACAGUGGGAACUUCCCCUGAAAGCUGGCUGUGUGGGUGCCAUUUCUGCCGUGGAGAGGUGAGGGGAAAGCCACUGUUCACCUCCCAUGGGCUAGACUGAGCCAUGUGCCAUUUGUCUCUGUUCCCUGACACUCCAAAGAGUAUUCAUCGGCGGCUGAGUCCUCUUGUGGAAACACUGUUCCCGCAUGGCCCAGUUUCUUCACGUUAAGAAGAGGGAGCUAGAAGUUUUCAGGUAGGUAGUGCUGCUUGACGAGAACACACCGGUGUUUGCCAUGCCCCACUGCUGCCCUGCUCUCUUCUCCCUCACCAAAGCCAGUUCUGAGUCUCGUGAGAUGGUGUGCGUGAAGUGGUUGUGAGCCAUUUACGGCAGUGCACUUGUGAUUUCCUACAGACUUUGGUCGUUGAUGUAUUUGUAGUCCUAGAAAACGUCAGCGUGAGUGCAUGUGGGUGCCCUUUCUAUGGAAGUCGCCCUCAGCCCUCCCGGUUCACAUGGGUCCCCCAGAUGCCAGCGUGUUAGAUACUGGCAGCACACAGUAGGUCUUGUAUGCAACUCCUUUUCCUUCAGUCAAGAUGGAAAAGACACAGAGUAAGCCAAUGGCGAUGAUACAGUUGCUUAUGUCAGCAGACAUUAACUGUUGGGCAAGAAAAUAAUUGGUUAAAUAUAAAGCAGUAGUGUACAAUUGUAAAAUAUUGGAAAUGGGUUUAUUUGAUCAGCUUGGCCCAAUUAUCUCCCCUUAAUUAAGAAAGUGGGAAAUUUGUCUACUGAGGAUAACAGGAUGCUUCCUAUCACUAAAUGGCUACAUGUUACUUGAUCACACAGGACUUCUGGAUCUGGUUAGGAUAUAAAGAGAAAUAUGGCUAGGUCUGGAAUUUAUUGCCUAAAAAGUGAAAUGACAAAUCACCCAACUGUUCAGAUUUCCUGUUAGAAUUGGCUACUUUUUAUGUGCAUCCUUGCAUGUUACCCCAAAGGGACUCACCUCUGAAUCCGUUCAACUACUUACCACAGAUUGGACCACAGUGAUGAUCACAUAGGAAAAUGUAUAUUCAUGACAUGAAAAUUCAAGCUACAGAUUUUUGUUUUUCAAAAAUGAUUUUAUUAGCUUUAUUAAAGGUCAAGUUUCAUUGGACUUGUGUCAUUUCUUAUAAUUUAUUUUUCUUUGUAAAAGAAUUUGAAAAAUGUCUGAAAGUACUGUAACUUCUCAAUUGUCAAUAAAGUAUUAUUUUGCUUGCUA